AUGAACAUGAUUAUAAGUGGAAAUGAUAAAGAAGUUGAAAACCUUCAAUUAGCUUUUUCAAAUGCAUUGAAUUUGAAAAAGAAUUUUUUGCAACUCGGUACCUCAAAGAAUGAAAGAGAUUUUUUAUCAGACCUGCAAGACCUUUGCGUAUUACUUCAAAACCAUAUAAAUUCAAUAGAAGCUGACAAAGAUAUUAAAUACUUUGACCCUAUUAAAAGUGGUGUUAUUUGUGUCUACAAUCUAGAUGCUAAACUAAAGAGAAAAAUAUCCAAUAAAUAUAUGGACUAUCUGACAAAAAAAAUAUCUAUUCCGGUCAAUGAUACUAGUUUGCUAUAUAUAUCAGUAUGUGAUCAAUAUGAAUUUGCAUAUUUAAUUGGUGAAUUUGAUCUUGGCAGAAAUAAUCGCAAUGCGAAAGAUGAGAAAAGUCUAUAUGAAUUAGCUUUAGUCGCAGAAUUUGGUCCAAUUAUAAAUGAAUCAGAUUUGAAGAUUUUGAGUGAAAUAUAUGUAUUUAUGAUCCAAGUGAAAAAAAAAAUAAUAGAAACAUCGGUAUUAGAUUACAUAGUGGAUAGUAUUUAUCGUUCAAAACUUUUGAACCGGGCUGAAAUCCUUUUAGAAAAAAACAACAUUGAUAAGGUUGCGAUUGAUGAAAAUAGCAGUAAAUUAAAUAAGAUGAUGAAUACACUCUCAAGAAGAAAGCAAGAAUGGAAAUCUAAUAAUAGUGAUGUGGAUUUUGAUGCUUUAACAAUAAGCGAAGUAGCAAAAAAAUUGGUCCUUUCACAAGCAAUUACCACUUCAACUCCAACAUCAUCACCAUCCCAUAAUGAUACAACUAGCUCUCAAAAAUCUUCAAUAACUGAUUUACUAGAAUUAUUCUUAACUCCAGCACGGGCAAAAGAGACCCUUAAGGAAAUGAAUACUCUGCUUUUGUUAGAAAUAGUUGUUUUUACCACAGACAGUAAUAUUCUUCUUACACCAGAUCGUUUGCCUAUAAGCACUGAUGAUGAUGAUUUAAUUUCGGAUAUUCAAAUUUAA